GCGGCAGGUGGAGCAGCCAUGCAGGCCACAGGCGACGGGCCAGGGGGUGCGGCAGGCGGUGCAGAAGGCCAGGGUGGCCCCAUAAGCCCUGAUGGAGAGGGGAGCCCCGGCGGCCCUGAUGGAGAGGGGAGCCAUGGCGGCCCUGAUGGCCGGGGUGGCCCGGGAGCUGUCUGCGGUGCGGGCGCGGCAGUCGUCGGCCUUCCAGGUAUCCUCGAUGUCCCACGGGCCCCACCUGAAGGACGGCGAGGUGGAAAACGGGCGCCUGCGGCCGGAUGGCCAGGAAACCAGCUCCAUGAAUUCACCCUCAGGGUCCCUUUCCUGUCUGCGUAUGAGGCGGAGGUCGCCUGCCGAUCCCUGAGGGUUUAUGACAAAUCCCAGCUGCCGGCCCUUCAGCAGGAGCGCACAGUGGAUGGCAGCGUCCUGGUUGUCAAAUGGACUUCUCCAGACCCCGGCGUCCUCCGAGCUUCCGUAAUCUCCUUUCUUGACCUGCUUUCCUUGGCGGUACGGAUCGUGAAGGCCUUUGGGCCCCAGUUUAUCCCUAAACGUCUGCAGGAACGAUGGCACUGAAGCCCAGGCUCGUGU